GUAGUCCGUAGUCAUUACUACUAAUCUACUAUCGUUAGCUUUGUUUUUGUGGAUAUUAAGAAGAUAUGGAGUAAUGCAAUAUAGAGUACUCUGCUUUUUAUGCCAGGACAUAUUCAUACCAGGAAAUAUUUGUAAUGUAUUACUAGCGACGUGUACCCCAAUUGCAUGAGCAUAUGUCGUCGUUUCGGUUCUGAAACGAUUAACCCAUCGACCUCAUGGCAAAGCAUGAGCUCGGUUGAAGAGAUAUUUAAGGAUUCAUAAAGCAGGACUGCUUUAGCUUAAAUGUGACUUACAAAGUUCAAUAAAUAUUAACACCGAUUUCCUGGAGAAAACUCCGUUUUUAUCAUUAUGUCUUUUGAACAAGACGAGGACGACCAAUACGGUCAGAGUUAUGAUGAACAGAAGGAGUUUCUGUUUGACCGUGAUGGUGGUCUUAACCAAGAUGACGAGAAGCCGAGGAUUAUUCUCAUGGGACUGAGAAGGAGUGGCAAGUCGUCGAUAGAGAAGGUCGUAUUUCAUAAGAUGUCGCCCAAUGAGACUUUAUUCCUCGAGGGUACAAAUAAAUCUAUAAAAGAAGAAGUGUCGAACUCCUCUUUUGUCCAGUUCCAAAUUUGGGACUUUCCAGGACAGAUUGACCUGUUUGAUUCGAGUUCGGACUUCGAAGCGAUCUUCGGGGCCUGCGGAGCAUUAGUUUUUGUCAUAGAUGCCCAAGAUGAUUAUAUGGAUGCUCUGAAUAAAUUAAACACCACUGUAACCAAGGCUUAUAAAAUCAAUCCGAACAUACGCUUUGAGACGUUUAUACACAAAGUCGACGGUCUGACUGAAGACAACAAGAUGGAAACACAGAGAGAUAUCCAUCAGCGUGCUAACGAUGAUCUCUCUGACUCAGGUUUUGACAAUAUAAAUUUAAGCUUUCAUCUCACUUCAAUCUAUGACCAUAGUAUUUUUGAAGCUUUUUCUAAGGUUGUGCAAAAGCUUAUACCUCAACUUCCUACAUUAGAAAAUCUGCUCAAUAUAUUUAUCUCUAAUUCUGGUAUAGAAAAAGCUUUUCUGUUUGAUGUAGUUUCUAAGAUUUACGUAGCAACAGACUGUUCUCCAGUCGACAUGCAAAGUUAUGAACUGUGCUGUGAUAUGAUAGAUGUAGUCAUAGAUUUGUCUGGUAUUUAUGGCAUGAAAGAAGAUAUUGAAAACGAAGCAUUUGACGAUAAAAGCUCAAGUCUGAUUAAAUUAAACAACGGAACAAUCCUUUACUUACGUGAGGUCAAUAAGUUUCUCGCCCUUGUGUGCAUACUUAGGGAGGACAAUUUUGAAAAACAAGGUGUAAUCGAUUACAAUUUCCUUUGUUUCCGAGAAGCAAUUCAACAAAUAAUCCAAGUUCGGGAUAAGAUGGCAGAUACAGUAGAUGUAAAUAAUGAACUAUUGAAUAAUUCAGUUGAAUCGUAGUCUACGUUUAUUUUGUAAAAUACAUUAUUAAUGUUCCAUAAAAGUAUAAACGACAAACUAUCAGGUUGCAAUAAAAUGGUGGGAAUUGCCACAGAAUUUUAAUUUUUGUAAUUUGUUUCAUAUUUAAAGGACUUAAUAAUUAAAAUAUUAUUUUUUGAUAUUAUUUUU